UUGUGAUCACAGCUAAUUAGAUCAUAGAGAGUGAAGAGAGCAGAUCUUCACACACCUGCUGGGAACAUGAAGACGAGCUGUGUGUUUUUUUUCUUGGGCUUCGUCAUUAUCAUGGCACUCUCCUCGGAUGCUAGUCCACAAAGCUUUGAUUUUGGCCAGUGCUGUUUCAAAUUCUUCCAUGGCAAAAUUCCUCCUCAACAUGUCAACAAGGUGGAAAAAACCAAUUCACACUGUCCACAGCAAGGCUUCAUUGUUACAACGCCUAAGUUCCCUAACCUGUGUGUUCGGGAAGACCCCAGGGAAAGAAAUUAAACUUUAAUGCUGCAGCUUUGACUGGACAGAAAUACAAAUCUAAUAAACUAUAUUAAUGUAAUAAACUUUAAUAAAUCGUUAAUUCACUUCAAA